CCAAAAUUCGUUCUCGAUUUUCUCUCUGGAAGAUUUUUUUUUCUGUUAGAGAAGUUUCUAGAAAGUUUAACGAUGAAGAAUUGUGAGCUUUGUAAUGGAUUAGCUAGGAUUUACUGUGAAUCUGACCACGCGAAUUUGUGUUGGGAUUGUGAUUUGAAGGUGCAUUCGGCGAACUUUCUGGUAGCAAAGCAUUCCAGGUCGUUGCUAUGCAACGUGUGUCAAUCGCCGACGGUUUGGUCAGCUACCGGUUCGAAAAUUGGCCGGACGGUAUCUGUAUGUGAGAGAUGCGUGAACGAUGAAGAAACUGACAGAGAAGAUGAAGAGGAAGAGGAGGAAAUUGAUUUGGAAGAUAUUCAAGUUGUUCCGUGGUCAUCAACUCCGCCUCCACAGCCGGCGAGUUCGUCGAGUAGCAGCGAUGAGUCGUUAACUCAAAUUUUUUCUUUGAAGCGAAUGCGUGAAGAUGAUGAUAGUGGAACUUCAACAUCACAUCGGGAAGUUAAUAUGCUAUCGCCGGCGGCGAAGGAUCACUUCGGCGACGAACCAGCUGAGUUUGUGAAGUCAUUUUCGAUGAGAAUGCCUUCAAAGAUCCAGAGAACCGGUGAGAUUCUACCGGGUCGGGUUGAAAAUAUUGGAUGUUCAGCGACGAUGGAGCUUAUCGGAAGAAUUAAUCGUGGUGAGGAUAGCUGAUGUAUGUCGCCGCCGCUGCCCGCCGCCGCUGAUUUAUAACAGGCCACCAUUGAUUUGACGUUUUGGCUUCUUUUUUUUUCAAUUUCUACUAGUACUUACCCAAAUCAUAUAGUUGGUGAAUUUUGUGUAGUAGUGAAUUUUACAUCAUAGGAUAAGAUUUUAUUUUUGUUUUAGGAUAAUGAGAAGAAAUUCGUAA